UUCAGGUGUAUAUGUGCAUGUGGUGCACAUAUAUAGUUUUGGAUUCAAGAAGCUAGUUACGUGGGUCAGAAGAUCGAUCAAAUUUGCAGAAAGCUGAUUUUGAAUUGAAUUCAAGAAGGUAGCUGUAACGUCAGAGGAUCGAUCGAAUCUGGAGAUGGAGGCAAUGGCAACAGUUUCAUUGCCACCAGGGUUCCGGUUUCACCCUACGGAUGAAGAACUCGUUGCUUACUAUCUUAAACGAAAGAUCAAUGGGCACAGCAUUGAGCUUGACAUCAUUCCAGAAGUUGAUCUUUACAAAUGUGAGCCAUGGGAUUUACCAGGGAAGGCAUUAUUGCCCAGCAAAGAUCUCGAGUGGUAUUUCAUUAGUCCCCGAGACCGAAAGUAUCCAAACGGGUCAAGGACGAAUCGGGCGACAAAAGCUGGAUAUUGGAAGGCGACAGGGAAGGACAGGAAAGUAAAUUCAGAAAUGAGGGAGGUUGGGAUGAAGAAAACCCUAGUGUAUCACAGAGGGAGAGCUCCUCACGGAGCUCGAACAGAUUGGAUUAUGCACGAGUACCGUUUGGAUGAAAGGGAAUGCGAAACCCGAUCGGGAUUGCAGGAUGCUUAUGCGCUUUGCCGUGUAUUUAAGAAGAGCUUGAACGGCCUCAAAAUCGGAGAAAAUUCCGGUGCGGCGGCGGCUAGUGAUCGAUCGUCGUAUGACGAGACGGAGAGCUCACCCUAUGCGAUGGCGGCGGCACCGUCAUCUUCGGCUACGUGCAGCUCGCCCAUGGCCGCCGGCGGUGAUGGAUCUCUGUUCAAUAAUGUUCCCGGCGAUCACAGAUAUUGGAUGCAAUUUCUAUCAUCAGACGAAGCAUUUCGUUUCCACAAUAAUAAUCCAUCGCAUCGCUUCAUGUUGCCUCCAAUGGAGUUUCAUCAAUCUAGCUUUGUACCUGAAUACGCAAUAAAUCAUGGAUCACAUGAUGAAAUCCUUUCGGUUGCUCAUCAUCAUCAUCAUAAUCAUCAUCAAGCUGCAUUAUCAGGUUUUAGCGACGAUUAUUUUCCGUUUGUUCCUCAGAAUGAGGAAUUGGGAGAUAUGGAUUCUUCUCUACUUACAGAACAACAGAAUGUUCACGAUGAUCAACAAAAUGUUGGUGAAGAAUUGAGAUCGGAUAGAAUGGUUGAGAACUUGAGAUGGGUAGGAGUGUUAGACAAGGAGGACCUUGAGAAGGUAAUCUUAGACCACUCAGCUAUUUUAGUUUAAUUUCACUCUUUAUUAAUUAUUAAUACUAAUAAUAAUAGUAGUAACAAAAUUUAUACUAGUAUUAUUAUAUUGUACUAUUGUACUAUUUGGAA